AAACCCAAACCCAAACCCGACCCAGCCGGAAAGGCCAGCCAAACCCUCGCCAGUCCCCAUUCCCCAUUCCCCUCCGAGCUCGCCCGCCCGCCCGCCAUGGCGCCGGUGGAUCCGCACUCCUACACCGACGGCGCGCACCCGGUGACCGCCCACGCCGCGCUCGUCUUCUACCUCGACUUCGCCGCCUCUACCAUCCACGCCUCCGCGCUCGUCACCCUCUCCGCGCCGCACACCGGGGACCUCCUCCUCGACACCCGCGCCCUCGCCGUCCACUCCGCCACCACCGCCCCCGCCCCCGACGCAGCCCCCUCCCCCAUCCCCUUCUCCCUCGCCGCCGACGCCGACCCGGUCCUCGGCACCGCGCUCACCCUCGCCCUGCCCCCCGACACCGCCUCCUUCCUCCUCACCUUCUCCACCUCCCCGUCCGCCUCCGCGCUGCAGUGGCUCGCCCCGCCGCAGACCGCCUCGGGCCUCCCCUUCGUCUUCUCCCAGUGCCAGUCCAUCCACGCCCGCUCCGUCUUCCCCUGCCACGACACCCCCGCCGCGCGCAUCACCUACUCGCUCCUCCUCAACGUGCCCGCGCAGCUCUCCGCCGUCGCCGCCGCGCGCCACGUCGCGCGCCGCGACCCCGUCCCCUCCGACCACCGCGGCGCCUGCGACGACGCGCUAUGGUGCGCGCCCGGCCGCAUCGUCGAGGAGUUCGAGAUGGCGCAGUGCGUGCCGCCCUACCUCUUCGCCUUCGCCGCAGGCGGGAUCGGCUCCCGCGACCUCGGCCCCAGGACGCGCGUCUACGCCGAGGGCGGGGACACGCUCCUCGACGACGCCGCCCGGGAGUUCGCCGGGGUCGAGGACAUGGUCAAGGUCGGGGAGUCGCUCUUUGGGCCCUACGAGUGGGAGAGGUUCGAUCUGCUCGUGCUGCCGCCCAGUUUCCCCUACGGCGGCAUGGAGAACCCCAGGAUGGUCUUCCUCACGCCCACGGUCAUCAAAGGGGACGCCGCGGGGGCGCAGGUUGUGGCCCAUGAGCUCGCACAUAGCUGGACUGGAAACCUCAUCACCAACAAAACUAAUGAGGAUUUCUGGCUAAAUGAGGGUUUCACAACCUAUGCUGAGAGGAGGAUUGUCGAGGUGGUGCAAGGUGAGGAGCGGGCGGCCUUAAACAGCGGAAUUGGAUGGAGAGGGUUGAAUAGAAUGAUGGAGAGAUUUAAGGAUAACAUGGAGUUCACCAAGCUCAAGCCGAAGAUGGCAGGGAUUGAUCCUGAUGAUGUGUACUCAGAAGUGCCCUAUGAGAAAGGCUUCCAGUUCCUUUGGCGCAUCGAACGCCAGAUUGGCCGACCUGCAUUUGAUGAAUUCCUGAAGAAGUAUAUUGCCACCUUCAAGUUCCAAUCGAUAGAUACAGAGACAUUUCUCGAAUUCCUGAAAGCCAAUGUACCUGGGAUAGAAAAUCAAAUUGACCUUCAUGAGUGGAUCGAGGGUACUGGUAUCCCUUCCGAUGCCAUGGAGCCAGAAUCAGCUACCUAUAAGAAGAUUUGUGCCUUGGCUGCAGAGUUUAAGUCUGGAAAAAUUCCAAGUGAAGAGGAGGUGGCAGACUGGAGCGGACAAGAGUGGGAGCUUUACUUGGAAAAUUUACCAACAGACGUUGAAGCAUCACAGGUUACUGCUCUUGAUGAGCGGUACAAGUUGUCAGAAAGCCGCGAUUACGAGGUUAAAGUCGCAUUCCUCCAGCUAGCGAUCCCCACGGGAUGCAGGUGUUACUUCAACGAGGUGGAGAAAUGCUUGAAGCAAGUGGGAAGGAUGAAGUACCUGCGCCCGCUCUACAGCUCGCUGGCUCGAUGCUCAGGGGAGGAGGAGAAGAUGCUGGCCAAGAGGAUCUUCUCGGAGGCCCAGGAGUUUUACCACCCCAUAGCCCGCGGCGUCGCGGAGAGCAUCCUUUUGAAGCAUGGCUAGCUGAGUCGAAGCCACAUUUUACUGAGCCUGAAGUAGAGAGAACUGUUUGCUCGCUCAUUUGCCCUACAUAAAAUUAUCUCUCUCGGGGAGUUGACAUUGGAUAAAACUCUGAACUUCCUUCCGUGAUGUGUCAUGUGAGACUGCAUGUGCGUAAUUUAUUCUGACCCUGUAAGGAACAUGAAACUCUGCUUCUUGAUAACAUUAUCCUGUGGUGAUACUGCUAUGAUCUCUUAAUGGUCAUCGUCUUUUUAAGUCAAA